AUGCAUUUUUUAAUAUUUAUAAUUAUAUUAAUAUUAUUGAGUAUUGCAUGGAUUCCUGUAAUUCAAGAAUUACAAGGCAGUCAAUUAUUUAUUUAUAUUCAAGCUAUUUCAGCUUAUCUUGCUCCACCUGUAGCUUCAGUUUAUUUAUGCGCUGUUUUAAUUAAACGAACUACAGAAAAGGGAGCAUUUUAUGGAUUAAUGUAUGGUUUAAUUAUUGGUUUAAUACGAUUAAUAUUAACUAUUAUAUAUCAUGAACCAAUAUGUGGUGAAUAUGAUCAUAGACCAUGGUUUAUUAAAAAUAUACAUUAUAUGUAUUUUGCAUUAUUUUCAUUUAUAACAUGUGGUAUUAUUGUAUGUUUAUUAUCAUUAAAUGAAAAACAAUUAACUAAUGAACAAUUAUAUCAUUUAACUUAUUGGACUGCAUGGGAUAAAUCUAUUAAUCAUUCAUUAUAUAAUAAUAGCAAUUUACAUAAUCAUAUUUCAUCGAAUGAAAUCAUUCCUAAUACUAUAGACAAUGAGAAUAAUGUUAAUAUAAUUAAUAAUAUUCAUUAUUAUCAAUAUGAAAAUAAUGAAAUCAUUAAUAAAAGAGAAAUAUCAUCAACUUCUGAAUGUCAACAACAACAACAACAACAACAGCAGCAACAGCAAAAAGAAUUUGUUAAUAAUAAAACUAUAGAAGAUCAUGAUUUACCAGAUAAAAAAACAUCUCAAACUUCACCAUCAUCAUCAUCAGAUUGGUAUAAAAUGAUGAAAAAUAUAUGUUUAUGGUUCUGUGGUUGUGCUGAACAUCAUCCAUGUUCUAAUAUACAAUGUAAUCAUUGUUAUUGUUUAAAAUUAUGUCAUAAUUUCACAACUCAUAUACAUUCAAAUCAUAAGAAAAUUUAUAUUAUCACAACAAAUGAUCUUGAUAAUGAUAAGAAAUUAGAUAAUUUAACAUUAGAAAAUAAUAAUCAUUUUAAUUCAGAUGAUCAUUUAACAAAGAUUACUUCAUUAAAACAAAAUCCCAAUAUAAAAUUAAGUUUAUAUAUUGGUUUAUUAUUCAUUAUUAUUUUAUCUAUAUUUGGUUUUAUAUUUUUUUCUAUUUAUUUUGGUUCUAUAUCCAUUGGUCCAUUACCUAUAACUAUUAAUAAAAUAAUAAUAAAUGAUACAAUAAAAAAUGCUAUAAAAUCAUUAGAAUAUUAUAGAAUAGUUACAAUACAAUAA